AUGUUUAGCAUUUCAACUUAUGCUUCUCCAUAUUGUGAUCAUUCAUAUCCAAAGACAACACAUUGGAAAGCAGAUACAGAUUGUUGCAAUUGGGACGGGGUCACAUGCCACAACGUCACCGGUCGCGUGAUUGGGCUGGAUCUGAGUUGCGGCCAGCUUCAAGGAGUCAUCCAUCCAAACACUACCCUUUUCCAUCUUUCCCAUCUCCGCCGCCUCAACCUUGCUUCUAACAAUUUCACCGGUUCGCAAAUUUCACACCGAUUUGGCUCGCUAAAAAGUUUGACCCACCUCAAUUUCUCGUAUUCAAAUUGUCAGGGUGAAGUUGCUUCAGAGAUAUCAUACCUGUCCAACCUAAUUUCACUUGAUCUCUCUGACAGUGAGCUUCUAAGAUAUGAACCUAGCAAUUUUGAAGCGAUGCUUCGAAACUUAACCCAUUUAAGAGAGCUGUCGCUUUCGUAUGUGAACAUCUCAUCCGAUUUGAGGGUGAAUUUUUCUUCAUCUUUGACGUAUCUAGACCUCAGCGAUACUGGAAUAACAGGUAAUCUCCCAGGUAAUGUUUUUCAUCUGCCAAAUAUGCGAGUUCUCUUGUUAGGUGACAACGAGAAUCUUACAGUUAGUUUACCGAAGUUGAACUGCAGCAUUUCAAAUUCUCUGAGGCAGUUGGACCUAUCGUUUACAAAUUUCUCCGCUGAGUUGCCAGAUUCAAUUGGGUGUAUAGGGUCCUUAAAUUCUUUGGAUCUAAGUUAUUGUCAAAUUUCUGGUGUCAUUCCUGAAUCAAUUGGCAACCUUACGCAGCUUACUGAAUUGAAUCUGGAAAACAACUAUCUUCGAGGUAAAAUUCCAAACUCACUUCUCAGCCUUAUGCAUCUUGGCAUUUUAGAUCUCUCUAGUAAUCAACUAAGCGGUUUAAUUCCUCCUCCAAUUUUUACCAUUCCGACCCUUUCUGAACUUUACCUUUCAUCUAACCUUUUUACGGGGAUUGGGCAAGACUUGUUUGUGGACUCCAAUAAGCUUCAAAACAACGCUUUUAACAGUGAAGCACCACGGAAUACUACAAACAAUGUGAGCAUUUCCCUUCCAGAUUUCCGGGUCUUGGGAUUGUCUUCUUGCCAUAUAAAGGAGUUUCCAGAGUUUCUUAGAAAUUCAGAGAGUUUAGGUUUUCUAGACCUCUCAAAUAACAUGAUUCAUGGCGAAAUCCCAAGCUCGUCCAUGUCUAAGACUUUCGAUAAGUUGUUCUACUUGAACCUUUCACAUAACUUUUUGACUGGUACCAUAGACCAACUUCCUGUUACUCCAUAUCUGGAUUCUCUAGAUGUGAGUUCCAACUCACUUCAGGGCCCAAUACCUCGUUCUAUCUGUAACUCAACUUUUCUUACUAUUCUUGAUUUGUCAAAUAACAAUUUGUCCGGCCCAAUUCCUCAAUGCUUGGGAAACUCCAGCCAAUCUCUAGAAGCUAUGGAUUUGGGAAAUAAUAGGCUUUUUGGCACCAUUCCCACAACAUUUUCAAAAGGCAACUCUCUGCAGUUCCUUAUGCUGAAUGACAAUCAAUUGCAAGGGCCAUUGCCACAAUCUUUAGCCAAUUGUGAACGUCUGGAACUCCUUGAUUUAGGGAACAACGAGAUAGAUGAUAAAUUUCCAAUUUGGUUGGAAACUCUUUCUAAUCUGGAAGUCCUAAUAUUGAGAUCUAAUCGAUUUCACGGAGCAAUUGGCAAUUGUCAGAGGAAAAGUCCAUUUCCUCUGUUGAGAAUUAUUGAUGCAUCCCACAACGAGCUCACUGGUGCUCUACCUAAGGAAAUCCUCAACAACUUCACAGCUAUGAAAAGUUCAAAGCGUUACCAAAAGAAAGUUGAGUAUAUGACAGGGGACUCAUAUGUUGUUGAAGGAGGACCUUAUUACGUCCAUUCUGGUCAUAAUAACUCGAACAGUGAUUGA